AUGAAGUUCAUCACCAUAUCCCUCUUGGCUGUGGCUGCCAUUGCGGCUCCCAUGGCUCAGAGUGGUGGGGGCAAUGGUAGAAACUCCAAUGGUAACUCCAUGAUGAGAGGUUCCUCUUCUGGUAACAGGAACGGCCAGAAUAACAAUGGCAUGAUGAGCGGAUCCUCGUCUGGUAACAGGAACUCCGGCAAGAACUCCAACAACAAUAACGAUGAGGAUGAUGAGGAGGAGGAGGACAUGAUGAGCAGCUCCUCUUCUCGUAACAAGAACGGCCAAAACAGCGGCAACAGAAACAACCAGAACAAUCGCAUGAGCAACGGCUCUUCGGGAUCUUCUUCUUCUUCUUCUUCGGGUAGCAGAUCUUCCUCUGGUAACCGAAACAACGGUAACAGAAACUCGGGAUCUUCUUCUGGUAACAGGAACUCCAACUCCAACAACAACGGCAUGAGAAGUGGUUCUUCUUCGGGAUCUUCUUCUCGCAAGGGAAACUCCAACUCCAACAAUGGCAUGCAAAAUGGCUCUUCGUCUCGUAACAGAAACAACAACAACAACAACAACCAGGAUGAUCAGGAUGACCAGGACCAGAACCAGCAGAACGGCAACAUGGAGAGGAAGAACCGCUCUUCUUCUGGUGGUUCCGGUGGUAGGAAUGGCCAGAACAACCGUAAUGGUCAGGGUCAGAAUGGUCGGAGUCAGAGUGGCCGCAAUGGUCAGAACAACCAGGAUGAUCAGGACGAACAGGAUGACCAGGACCAGCAGAACAGCGGCAAUGGUCAGAACAGUCGCAACGGUCAGAAUAGCCGCAACAGACAGAACAGUCGCAAUGGACAGGACAGCCGCAAUGGCCGCAAUGGCCGCAACAGUCAGAACAACCAGGAUGACCAGCAAGACCAGCAGGAUGACCAGCAAGAUCAGCAAGACCAAUUCGACCAGGACAACAACAACAUGGAGAAGAGACAGUCUUCAUCAGGCGGUUCCAAUGGUCGGAACAACCGCAACGGCCAGAACAACAGGAACCAGCAGCAGAACCAGCAGGAUGACCAGGAUCAGCAAGAUCAGGACCAGCAGAAUGAACAGGAUGACCAGGACCAGGACGACCAGCAAGAUCAGGACCAGCAAGAUCAGAACGACCAGGACGACCAGGACUCUUCAAUGUCUUCUUCCCGUAAUGGUCGCGGUGGAAAUGGUCAAUCUUCCCGCAAUGGUCGUGGCGGAAAUGGUCAAUCUUUCCGCAAUGGACAAUCUUCCUCCGGCUCUUCAUCCCGCAAUGGUCGUGGCAACAACAACCAAAACUCCAACGAUGAUGAGCAAAACUCCAAUGAUUCCGGAUUCUCUAAACGCUCCCCUCAACAAAUGGGCGGCGGCAGCAGCGGUGGUGGCAGCAGUGGAGGCAGCGGAGGUGGCGGAGGAGUCUCCCAAUUCAUCCCUGAAUUCGCCAAACAAUUCGUUCCUGAGAUUCCUAACCCCAAGGAUUUGUUGAAGGAAGUUGUUCCAUCCAAGGGCAACAGUCGUCGUGCUCCUCAGGAUGGUUCAUCUCAGCAGGGUGGUGGUUCUCAGGGUGGUGGACAGGGUGGUGGACAAGGUGGUGGUAAAGAAGCCAUGAUUGCGGAACAAGGUGGAGCGAUUGCUGAGGCGAUUAUCAAGCAGUUGUUUCCUAAUGGUAUUAUGGGGAGUUCUGGUGGUGGUGGUGGUGGUGGUGGUGGUGGUCAGGGUGGAUCGCAGGGAGGUGGAUCGCAGGGUGGUGGCAUGUAA